CUUUUUUUUACAAAAGACACUUCCCACUUUGUCUCACGGAAAGUAACAAAAAAACAGCCGAUUGGGCUACGAUCUACUUCUUACAACCUGAACGUUUCUGCCAGGAUACUUUAAGUUUAAAUCAGAGUGAUGGCAGAGGCCCACCAGGCGGUGGCGUUUCAGUUCACCAUCACACCAGAGGGCUUCGACCUGCAGCUCUCUCACCAGGCCCUGUCCCAGAUCUGCCGGUCUGGCCUCCGCUCCUGGAAGAAGAGAGUCAGCCGAGUCAGGAACGGAGUGAUCAAGGGAGUGUACCCUGCUAGCCCUUCCUCUUGGCUGUUUGUUGUCAUAGCAAUACUGGCAACUAUGUACACGCAGUCCGACCCAUCUAUGGGCCUCAUCUCCAAGAUCCGAGAAUACCUUCCCCUCAGCCUGUCUCUGAGUGUCCAGGGCCAAACCAUGCUGUCAGUGCUGGUCUUCAGUACCGUCCUGUGGCUCUCUUUGAUCAUGACGCUCCGUUUCUGUCUCAAGUUACUCCUCUCCUACCACCAGUGGAUGUUUGAGCAGCAUGGACGCAUUUCAAUCACCACCAAAGUCUGGGUGACACUGCUGCGUCUGCUAUCUGGCAGAAAGCCCCUCCUCUACAGCUACCAGACAUCUCUUCCUAUUCUGCCUGUCCCACCAAUCAAAGAUACGCUAAACAGGUACCUGGAGUCUGUGCGGCCGUUGCUGACCGACCCAGAGUUUGAGCGUAUGAUCAAGCUGGCUGCUCAGUUUGAGAACAACCUGGGAAACCGUUUGCAACGCUAUCUCAAGCUUAAGGCACUGUGGGCCACUAACUAUGUAAGUGACUGGUGGGAGGAGUACAUCUACCUCAGAGGGCGUGGCCCCAUCAUGGUCAACAGCAACUACUACGGCAUGGACUUUCUCUACGUGACCCCCACUCCCAUACAGUCUGCCAGGGCCGGAAACACUAUUACUGCCCUUUUGUUGUACCGUCGGAAAGUGAACCGUGAGGAACUCAAGCCUAGUCGUGUUCCUGGUACAGUCAUACCUCUGUGUGCUGCUCAGUGUGAGCGGAUGUUCAACACCACACGGACCCCUGGAGAUGAGACUGAUGUGCUGCAGCACUGGCAGGACAGUGAGUUUGUAGCAGUCUACCACAGGGGGCGUUACUUCAGGCUGUGGGUGUACAAGGCUGGCAGGCUGCUGUCUCCUCGAGAGAUUGAGUUCCAGAUCCAGAAGAUCCUGGAAGACCCCUCCCCCCCUCAGCCUGGAGAGGACAGACUGGGGGCUCUGACUGCUGGAGACAGAAUACCCUGGUCUCAAAUGAGAAAGCAGUACUUCAGCUCUGGUGUGAACAAGCGCUCCCUAGAUUGCAUUGAGAGAGCCGCCUUCUUUGUAACUCUGGACGAUGAAGAGCAAGGCAUGAUGGGAGAAGAUCCAGUGGGAAACCUGGACCGCUACGCCAAGUCCCUUCUCCACGGAAAAUGCUACGACAGGUGGUUUGAUAAGUCUUUCUCCAUAGUAGUUUACAAGAAUGGGAAGAAUGGGCUGAAUGCCGAGCAUUCCUGGGCAGACGCACCCACCGUGGCGCAUCUGUGGGAGUACACUUUGGCAACAGACGCCUUUCAGCUCGGCUACACUGAAGAUGGACACUGUAAAGGCGAGGUAGAGCGCUCCCUUCCCCAUCCACAGAGACUGGCCUGGGAUAUUCCUCUGGAGGUACAGGAGCAGGUGUCCAGCUCUCUAGCUGUCGCUCAGGCUUUAGCAGACGAUGUUGAUUGCCACGUGUUCCCCUUCCGGGACUUUGGGAAGGGAAGGAUUAAGAAGCUCAAGAUCAGCCCGGAUGCCUUUAUUCAGUUGGCGUUGCAGCUAGCUUACUACCGGGACAGGGGAGGCUUCUGCCUAACCUAUGAGGCAUCCAUGACCCGCUUGUUCCGUGAGGGCCGGACAGAGACCGUGCGAUCCUGUUCCAAUGAAAGCUCUGCCUUUGUCAGAGCUGUGGAGAGUGGCGAGGCAGUAGAGAACUGCAGGAGGCUUUUCCGAUUGGCUAGCGAAAAGCACCAGAACCUCUACCGUUUGGCUAUGACGGGAUCGGGCAUUGACAGACACCUGUUCUGCCUGUACGUAGUUUCCAAAUACCUUGGGGUGGAGUCGCCAUUUCUAAAGGAGGUGCUAUCAGAACCGUGGCGCCUGUCGACCAGUCAAACUCCUGUCCAGCAGCUGGAACUGUUUGACAUGAAGAACCACCCUGAGUUUGUCUCUCUAGGGGGAGGCUUUGGCCCCGUGGCAGACGAUGGUUACGGAGUAUCCUAUAUCAUUGUUGGAGAAGACAUGAUCAACUUCCAUGUAUCCUGCAAACACUCCUUUGCCGAAACGGAUUCCCACAGGUUUGGAGCCCGGAUCAGCCGUGCCUUACUGGAUCUGCUCUUGUUGCUCUCCCCUGAGGCCAAAGUGCCUGCCACAGAGGCCCCCCAGGCCAAAAAACAAAACUAACCGACUGCCAUGACUUGACCAACCUGCUGUUACAUAACAUGCCGUUGCUGUCUGUGCCUGACCAGGUUAAAUAACCAUACAGCAAUUGGCCAUCAGAUUAAAGGUGUUAAAUGUGUAUUGAGGCACCCUUUGAGGUCUUAACCUUUUAUUCUAACAUGGUUUGGUGGGGUCAAUCUACAAUUUGGAACAAGACUCAGUCACUUUAGGAGUAAACAUGAGAAUGUGAUGAACACGGUUAAGUGUGAGCUGAAUCAGAUGUAGGAUGGAGAUUCAUGAAUCUACUGGGAAAUGGGACACUUCUCAAUACCAAAGAACUACUUUGCAGUGGUUUGGAGGAAUGAGGGGUGUAGAACUGUACUUUUUGUUUUUUAACUUAAUGAAUAUUUUUACUGUCAGUUAAAGUUGACCAUGGUUAAAGUCAAUUCUUCUUGUGUGAGAUGUUUACUUGGUUCAGCUUGUCCGGUGACCUACCAGGGAAAAUCUCAGUAACAAUAAUACAUGCCCAAUUUGUGACAUGCCCUAUCAAAAGUAAUGUUGAUCCUUAAAGUGGAUCAAAUAAAUAUUUGACCCAGCUCCUUUGUGAUCAUACAUUGAAUGGUUUAUUUAAUCUUGUUGCUCUUUUACGACAUCAGAUUUCUCUAAGGCCAGCAGUGAUUUUAUUGAAGGAUCGAUGACCCACGGUGACCAUCUUUUCCAUUACAAAUGUCUAUAGCAUUGAUAAUUCUACUAUGAGCUGUGGGUCAGCAUUGGCAUGUGUCGAGAAUUAUUGUGGAAUUAAUUACAUAUUGUUUGUAAUGCUUCCAGUUCAGUUGUUUUAGGGGGUAUUGUAGCCUGGCUGCCAGCCCAACUCAUCCCCGCUCUCACAAAAAAAUUUGGUCGGGAAGUUGGGUCUGGAGUAGCUUGUUUGCGGAAAAAACUAUAUCCGAACAGGAGCUGUUCGGACCAAUCAAAUUGUCAGGGCGGGCUUUAUACGAUGAUGUACAGAUGUUCAACAGUAGCGUAAUCAACAGCGUCACCAAAGAGCGCUUGGGUUGAAUUUGUUUUCAAGAAACAACAUAUUACGUUGCUCUGAUUGGUUGGGUCUAUCCAAUUGAGCGAAGAGGCAUUUGUUUUACGAGGUUAGUUGAAACACGCCCCAUAGUCACAGCCCAACGGAGAGUUAUCAGACUCAUAUCCUGACUAGAAUUAUGAGUAUGAUAACGUCAGGCUAGGGGUAUUGAGGAAUUAUAUCCCAAGUACCCUGCCAAUAUUGUGUGGAUGGAUGUGGGAUGUGAAAUGUGCCUGAUUUUAUUAUUCUAUUUAUUUUGUUUUAAUUGUAUUUGAUAGGUAAUCAUGUGGAAUAAGUUUACAGACUUAGCUGGCAUUGAUUUGGUUAUGGCUUUAGAGGGUUAAAUAUUGGCCAAACAACCAAAACGAAUUCCCCUAUGGUUUAAAGGAAGAUGAACUGGAUGAAACUGAACAGUGUAUUAACAUGAACCAAAUAAUGCCAAUAUGGAAUUACAGUUAUUUGACUCUAUUGGUUCAAUCAGAGCUAGAAUGGUCAAAGUAAGGUUCAAAUGAAAUAUACAUGUAAUAACAUUGCAAAUUAAUUAAAUCAAUUAUCAGUCAGGACCUAGUUUAGUGUGUGAAUUGACAGGUCAGUUAGUUUUCCAUUCUCAUUUAUUCCUCUCUGAUUUAAGCAGGGAGGGGGGAGGGGUGUCAUGGCCGUGGCCAACACAGCAUUUUACCCGUGCUUCCCAACUUUACAACUGGCUCUGGAACCAAUCGUCACUCCUAAUGCCUAAACCUCAUAGCCAAUCAGAGGCAGAGUGGGGAGAGGUUUACAGACCCAUCUUACAUCAUCUAGUAGAAUUUUUUUUAAUACAAUAUUUAAAAAUUAUGUCUAUUGGAUGUGAGUUAACUUUACAGUUAGUGAUGCUUUUGACUUUUGCUUUUUAAAGUAGUUCAUCACAGAUGUAAUUUGUCUGAUCCAGCUUUACACCCCACACCAGUGUAAUCCCUGAUGUUCACAACAGCAGAAUGAUGGGCGGAGGAUCAUGUAGGAUCUUAGCCUGCUCCUUCUUUUUUUUCUUACAGUGUCAAGAGUCUUCUGGUGGUUGUCGCGAAGCACUUGAGAUACUUGUAAGAACUUUGAAUUUGAGAUUGUCUUUUUAUGUUCAUAUUGUAAUUUAAAGCUACUGUGUUAAACUGAGGUCUUCUUUGGCUGGAGGAGGAACAGCUGUGUAAAGACUAUAUAUUCCAUUUGAGUUCUAACUUCACCAAGGAUACAAAAGCCAGCGAAACAGAAGCCAUUUGCAGACUGAAAGGUUGCCUUAAUGAAACAUAUAUUGAAUAUAUAUUGAGUGAAUGUAAUCUCUCAAAGACAUGUGAGGAGACUAAGCCUCUCAGUUUGGUGGAGACAUCCACUCACACGUUUAUGACUGUAAUAGACUUCAUCUGUAUGAUCGACAAUGGUAGUCAUCGAUAUUGCCCAAACAUAACUAAUG